CGCAGUGACGCGCUGACGUUGACGGCGGCGGGUGAGCGGCGGCGGCGGCGGCGGCGGCCCCGGGGGCACGAUCGCGGCCUCGGCCCCGGCUCCCCCCGCUCCGGGCCCGGCCCCUUCCCGCGGCCCCGGCCCCGCCCCGGCCCCGGCAGCCGCCGCGUUCGCCGCCAUGUGAGGGCCGGUCCCGCGUCCGCCCCUCCGCGGUGCCGCCGGUACCGGCCCCGUGAUGAUGUUCCGGGACCAGGUGGGGAUCGUGGCGGGGUGGUUCAAGGCGUGGAACGAGUGCGAGCAAACCGUGGCGCUGCUCUCGCUGCUCAAGCGCGUCACCCGCACCCAGGCGCGGUUCCUGCAGCUCUGCCUCGAGCACUCGCUGGCCGAUUGCACCGACAUCCACCUCCGGGAGGCCGAGGCCAACAGCGCCGCCGCCAUCCGGCAGUGGCCGCAGGAGCCGGCCGAGGCGGCCGUGGCGCUGCUGCUGGCGCACCUCCCGCUGCUGCAGCCGGGCAACGCGGCGGCCAAGGCCGAGUACAUGAAGCGGCUGCAGACGGUGCUGGCCUACGCCAUCGAGAGCAACCGCUGCGUGGAGGAGAGCCGGCAGCUGCUGUCCUACGCGCUCAUCCACCCCGCCACCACCCUGGACGACCGCAGCGCCCUGGCGCUCUGGCUGGGGCACCUGGAGGAGCGCUUGGCUGCCGGGCCCCCCCCGCCGCCCCCCCCGCCAGCCGCCCCGCGGGCGCCCCCCGCCGCCGCCGCCGCCGCUCGCCGCCCCCCCCCGGCGCACGAGUGGCCUGAGCACGGGGCACCCCCGGAGCUGGGCUCGGCUUGGCCCGAGCCCCCCCCGCGGGAGAACGGGCACCCCCAGUUUCAAGCAGCACCGCCCGGCGGUGGGAAUGGGCUGGGGGGAGCGGCUCUGCCCUGCCCAUUGCACCCCAGCCCCUUGAAGCGCUCCUUGGGGGUAGCCGGUCCCCCCCCCCCGGGCCGGGGUCCCUUUGGGGACCACGCGCCGCUGUCGCCCCAGAGCAGCGUGGCCUCCUCGGGCAGCGAGCACACUGAGGAGGGGCCCCCCGGCAGGAACAGCUUCCAGGAGGACGGCAGCGGCAUGAAGGAUGUCCCGUCGUGGCUGAAGAGCCUCCGGCUGCACAAGUACGCGGCGCUCUUCUCGCAGAUGAGCUACGAGGAGAUGAUGACGCUGACGGAGCAUCACCUCGAGUCGCAGAACGUCACUAAGGGCGCGCGGCACAAGAUCGCGCUGAGCAUCCAGAAGCUGCGCGAGAGGCAGAGCGUGCUCAGGGCGCUGGAGAAGGACAUCCUGGAGGGGGGGAACCUGUGGUCGGCGCUGCAGGAGCUGCAGCAGAUCCUCAGCACCCCCAUCAAGGGCUUCCGGCCCCCCCCCGCCGCGCCGCCCCCCCCCGAGGGGCCCCCCCCGGCGCCCGGGGACACCUUCCCCCCCCCCCCGCACCCGGCCACCGACCCCGAGGCCCCCGCGGCCCCGGUGCCCGACGGGGACAUCCCGGGGCAGUUCACACGCGUCAUGGGCAAAGUGUGCACGCAGCUGCUGGUGUCGCGCCCGGACGAGGAGAACAUCAGCUCCUACCUGCAGCUGCUGGAGAAGUGCCUGAGCCACGAGGCGUUCACGGAGACGCAGAAGAAGCGGCUCCUCUCCUGGAAGCAGCAGGUCCUGAAGCUGCUCCGCGCCUGCCCCAAGAAGCUGCCGCUCGACGGCCCCGGCUACCGGCCCCCCAAGGGCUGGGCCUUCGGCUCCAACUCGCUCCCCAUAGCUGGCUCUGUGGGGGGGGCGGGGGGGCGCCGGGGGCAGCGCCCCUUCGUGUGCCCCCCCCGGGCGCUGCCCCCCGCCCGCCUGGGGCUGCUGGGACCCGCGGGGGGGGCGCCGGCCCCACGGCCCCCCCUGGGAGCGCCCCCCCUGAGCACCCAGGGGAGACAGAGCCUGUGGUUCGGGGCGGGGGGGGCUGGGGGGGGCCGCAGUGGGGUGCAGAGAACACACUCGCUGCCCGUGCACUCGCCCCAGGCGCUGCUCAGCUUCCCCCAGGAGUGCCCCCCCCCCGGCACGGACCUGGAGAUCAACCCCACGCUGGAGUCGCUGUGUCUGAGCAUGACGGAGCACGCGCUGGGCGACGGCACAGACAAGACCUCGACCAUCUGAUGGCGCCGCCCCCCCCACAUUUAGGGGGGGUCAAAGGAGGGGGGGGGGUCACCCCCUUAAGCCCCCCCUCCCCCCACCCCCUUUAACCCCCCCUUGACCCCCCCGAGGGGGGGAGGGGUUCCCAUAACCACGCCUCCUCCCCCCCCCCCCAAUAUGGGGUAGUCCCAUGGGGGGGGGCGCGGCCUCGGCGGGGGGGGUGCGGGCGGGGCCAAUGACGUCACGGGGUGUGGGCGGGGCCAUGUGACACUACGGGGGGGGCGGGGCUCUCCUGCGCCCUGGGUUUUGGGGGGGGGUUCCCGUGUUUGACCCUUCCCCCCCCCUCCGCCCCCCCCCCCAAAUUUGGGGCUUUUUUGUUGUGUUUCAUUAUUAUUAUUAUUCCCCCCCCCCAGCCCCAGCGCGUGGGGGGGGUGGGGCGGGGGGGGUGGGGGAACCCCCAUAUUUAGGUACAUGGCAGCGCCCCCUCCCCCCACCCACCCCCCCCCUCGGUACAGCCCCUCCCCCCCCCUUCCCCCCCCCCUUUUAGCGGCCCCUCGCGAUAGAAACCGUUAUUUUAGAUA